GCACAACACAGCAAGUCAGAGGAAAGGAGAGUGCGCAUGGUUUCAGCUUUUUUCCUUUAAUUUGUGGUUUUCCAGAAGAAGAAGCUGCAUCACAGAUUCAGAGGAGCUAUUUGGGAACAUGCAAGGUGCACGCUGACCUGAGGAAAUAUGUUGACACUGCCAUUCGAGGAACCUCAUGUGAUGUGUGAGCCGCGGUUUGGUGCCAAUUAUCCCCGUGAAGGCUUACCUGAGAGUCUGGAGGAGCAGCGAAAACACGACGCAGACAGCUCCAACUCAGACAUGAGGGAGGCCGAGGACGACAUCUCCGACAGAGAGGAGGACGAAAGGGAGGGUGACCAGGAUGACAACGGGCUUCCUAAAAAGCGGGGCCCGCGAAAAAAGAGGUCCGGCAAGCCGGAGACGGACAGGUCCAAAGUACGGCGCCAUGAAGCGAACUCCCGAGAGCGCAGCCGGAUGCACGGCUUGAAUGACGCGUUGGAGAGCCUGCGCAAAGUUGUGCCGUGCUACUCAAAAACUCAAAAACUGUCCAAGAUUGAGACCCUCAGACUGGCUAAAAAUUACAUCUGGGCCCUGUCAGAGACUCUGAGCGCAGGGAAGAGACCAGACCUCCUCGCCUUCGUACAGACUUUGUGCAAAGGAUUAUCUCAGCCCACGACCAACUUGGUGGCCGGUUGUUUGCAGCUGAACGCGAGGAAUUUCCUCACAGACCACAACGGGGAGGUCAUGUUCUCUGGAAGAUCGCCCUACGAUGCCAUGUACUCGUACCCCGGCUCAGACGUGAACACGCCCCCCGGCCACAGCGGGAGCACCUUGGAGAGCAGCGCCAAGCCGUUCAGACACUACAGCUACAGCGGCGCGUACGAGCCCUACUACGAGAACCCGUCCCCAGAGGGCGGGAGUCCGCAUUUCGACGGCCAGUUGAGCCCCCCGAUGAACUUUAACGGGAUUUUCUCCCUAAAACACGAAGAUCCGCCAGACUACAGCAAAGGCAGCCACUAUGGCAUGCGCUACUGCAGUGCGCCAGGGCGCACGGCUCUUGCGCACAACUCCAUGUACCGAGUCUCCCCAGAGGGCCGUUUCCCCUACGAUCUGCACGUCCGCAGCCAGUCCUUCCAAGCACAAGGGGAAGUUAAUGGCUCUUUCCACAACUAAUCAAUCAGCUGGACAAAGUUCAAGUUGUAGAAGCGAUGCAAUUUCCCCCCGCAGAUGUCGAGAGUGGAACGAAAUGGACUCCAGACACGCUGAUGCACUGCAAAGAAUGCCCAUUUUAACUAGUCAUUUUGUGUUGAAUGUUCAGUCUGGUUUUUCUUUGAAACGUGUUUAAAUCUGCAAACUAUAUAUAAUGAUUUCACUUGUUCUCAAAUCUGUGUAAAGAAAAAAAAACACAAGAACGCCUUUGUUUUGGAAACAAAUACGAUGAUUUCAAUCUGAGUAAUUUAAAGAAAACUAAGAUUAAAUGGCUCACUGUCACAUUGGUGUUUCUAGUGGGAAACCACAUAUUAAGAGUAAUUCGUUAAAGAUGCAGGUUUUGAGCAAAUUGUUUAAAGUUACAGUGUAUUUUUUUGUUAAUGGCUGCGCUGCAGAUGUCGGUCAUGACAUGGGUUAUUUAAAAGUGAUACAGUGAAUAAUAAAUUAGAUUUUUCUGCUUAUUUAAUCAGGUUCACAGCAGUCAGUGAAAUGAUUUUCGUGGAGAAAUAAAAUCAGCUACCGGGGAAGAACAAUCUAAAGACGUUUCGCCUCAUCAGGGAAGUUUGCUGAGACAUGAUUGGAGUCCAGACAUUCAGUCUGUUAGCAAUAAAGGUCAAUUGAGCUAUGCAAGGCAGCCAAAUGCAAUCUUUGCUUAUAAAAAUGAAAUAUGUCUAUUUCCACUCAAGGCAUUUCUCAUAAUCUAAUAUCUAAUCAAAACAAUUACACAAAUUAAUUAUUUUUAAAAAGCCAGUUUGGAGACGUGCACGUGUUCAGGAGACCUGAUGAUGAGGAUGUCAUCUGAACUGGUCCUAUAAAUACAGGAGGUUUUGGAGAAAAAAAAAAUACUAAACGCAUUUGUAUGUGAAGUAAAUAGUGUGGUAACGAGGUGAAUGUAAAUUAUUGUAUUUAUUUCUUUAAGCUUAUUUAUGAUAAGUCCGUCAAUUUGAAUGUGGAUAAUAUAUUAUUAAAUGAUGUAAAAUUCUAAAAUGUUACCGUUUUAUGUGAACUUCCAUACAUUUGAAAUUGGUUUAUGUUGCAUUGUUGUGUAUUUCACUGCAGCUAGAAGGGAAAUCAUUUCGUGUGAGGUGAACAAAGUGUUUCAUGAAUCCGAACAACAUGCCUUAAAAAAUAGACAAUGACCAUCGAUAUGCAACGAAAUGACAGUUUUGGAUAGUUUGAUGUGAACUUUUUACACGUUCUUGUUCCUGCUGAAGAGCAGCUGUGAUGCACUUCAAGUAUUUCUGCACAAUGUUGGUGACUGUACUCAUAAAUUCUGUUGAUUUUGUAACUUUACCCGAAUGAUGAAUGAUUUUUGGAUAAUAUUCUUUAUAUUUUAUUUCUCUCUCUCUCUCUCUCUCUCUCUCUCUCUCUCUC